AUGGAUUCAACUUUAACACCAAGAGACGAAUUAAUCGCUGAUUACACCAAAUUAUUUAAUGAACGUGAUAAAAAUGCUGAUGUUGAAAUCACAAUAUCAGACACUGAAAAUAAAAUUUUAGCACACUCUUCAGUCCUUGAAGCUAGGUCAAGUUAUUUCAAACAAAGUCUUUCUGAAAAAUGGGCAAAAAAGAAUAAUGAUGGAAAAUUCACAUUAACCUUUGUCGAUAUCGAACAUGAUACAAUGAUUAUUAUAUUGAAAUAUCUUUAUUACGCAGAAAUUUAUGAUCAUGAAGAUUUUUACAUUUUUUCAAAAGUUUUAGUCGCAUCUGAUAAAUUCAACAUGGAGACCCUCUCUAAUUGUGUUCAAGAAACACUUGUUAAAAAAAUAUUGGUUUUUAUCAAAAAACAUCUAUUCGAUCUUUUCAAAUUUAUUAUGAAAUAUCAAAUAUUUACUACCAUAGAUAAACAAUUUAUGCGUGAAAUUGCAAAGAACCCUUACCUUUUGUUCAACUCUGAAGAUUUCGUCAGACUAGAAGAAGAAAUGUUGCAAAAAAUCUUAUUAUGUAAUGAACUAAUGAUUUCUGAAUCUAAAAUUUGUGAGUAUCUAAUCAAAUGGAGCAAUGUGGAUAAUAACGAAACUAAACUCGAACCAUUAUCCAAAUUAAUUCGUUUUCAUCAAAUGCAAAAAGAUGAGUUUUUUGAUCUUUGGAAAAAGUACAAAAAUAAAAUAAUCUCGGAUGAAUUGUUAGAAGAUAUAAUUGGAUUUUUUAUGUGUAAUAAUCCACCAAAACUUAACAAAACACCAUUUAGAUUAGGAAAUUACCAAAUUUCCAAAAUAAUCAGUAAACAUGAAGAUUUCUUGGAAAUUUCUUCUUGGAUCGAUGAUGAUAAAGGAAAAGGAUCAUUUAGAUUUGAUCUUAUAUUUGAUGACAGUUUUUUUGGUGAUAUUUUCCACGCAAAUUCAUUCCAUAAAAUAUGCGACGGAAAAUUUUCAACAAUCACCUUAUUUGCUUUAGAUAACUGUAUUGUUGGAGGAUAUAACCCACUUGGUUGGUCCUGUGAAAACAAAUACUUUUAUUGCGAAUCGAAUUUUAUAUUCACAUAUAACAAUAAUCCUAAAGAUGCUAAACUAUCUCGUGUUUCAGAAAAGGAAAAGGCAAUUGGACGUAAUAUAAAAUAUGGACCUUGGUUUGGUGCAGGUCCAGAUCUUCGUGUUCAACACGAAUCGAAGAAAAUCGAAUUAAAACCAAGAUCAUACCCCAAAUUAUUUGAUUCUAACGCAGAAUUUAAAUUUCAUACAAUGGAAAUCUUUAAA